UGGUGUUUCCAUAAAAUAAAAAAUUGUAAUUGUAAAUAAAGUAAGACAAAGUUACAAGAAUGUCCACAUUACGUAGAUUAAGCACUUUAAUUCCACUAAGACAUUUAAUAUCCAAUUAUGGUAGAAAUAAAAUAUGCAGGAAUGUAAAUUUAGCACAGAAUAUCUACAAAAACUCCGCUAGUGUAAGUCUGCUAAGAUUACACAGUACAGAAGCAUCGCCAAAAGAGGAUGAUUAUCACAACAUAAUCAAAGAUACAGAGAAACCGAUAGGAGACAGUACUAAACAUGAAUUUCAAGCCGAAACAAGAAUGCUGCUGGAUAUUGUAGCGAGGUCCUUAUAUUCGGAUAAGGAGGUUUUUAUUCGAGAAUUAAUAUCGAAUGCAAGCGAUGCAUUGGAAAAGUUUCGAUACUUAACAAUAUUGGGAGAAGAACAAGCAGCAAAAGUGAAAGAUGUAGACCGUCCACUAGAAAUCCACAUUUCAACAGAUAAAAACAAUCGUACUCUGACAAUACAGGAUACCGGUAUUGGAAUGACCAAAGAAGAACUUAUUUCAAAUUUGGGAGUAAUUGCCAAAUCAGGAUCAAAAGCUUUUAUAGAAGAAAUGAAAUCUAAACAAUCUACUGGAGAUAACAGUAUUAUAGGCCAGUUUGGAGUUGGUUUUUAUAGUUCUUUUAUGGUAGCCGACAAAGUCGAUGUAUAUUCUAGAGCUGUAGGUGAAGAGCAAGGUUACAAAUGGACUUCUGAUGGUACCGGUACUUAUGAAAUCCAACCAGCAGAAGGCGUACAAUCCGGUACGAAAAUCGUACUGCACCUUAAAUUGGAUUGUCGCGAGUUUGCCGACGACGAUACCAUUAAAAAUAUCAUCAACAAAUACAGUAAUUUCGUUGGCAGUCCCUUGUACUUAAACGGAAAGAAGGCUAAUAUUGUACAACCGCUGUGGCUAGCAGAUCCGAAAAGUGUGACGGUUCAACAACAUAACGAGUUCUAUAGAUUUAUAAGUGGAAGUUACGACGUGCCGAGGUACACGUUGCAUUACAAAACCGAUGUUCCUUUAUCGAUUAGAGCCCUUUUGUAUUUUCCUGAAGGAAAACCAGGUUUGUUUGAAAUGUCAAGGGAAACUGAAUCAGGAGUAGCUUUGUAUUCGAAGAAAGUCCUCAUAAAAAAUAGAGCAGAUAAUAUAUUGCCCAAAUGGUUAAGGUUUGUUAAAGGUGUUGUCGAUUCGGAAGAUAUUCCACUGAAUUUGAGCAGAGAACUUCUUCAGAAUAGUUCACUGAUCAAAAAAUUACGUGAUGUUCUAACUUCAAAGAUUGUAAAAUUCCUGCAAGACCAACUGAAAAAAAACCAACAGGACUAUGAAAAAUUCUACCAAGAAUACGGAUUGUUCAUCAAAGAGGGAAUCGUCACCAACUACAACCAGUUGGAAAAGGAAGAGGCGGCCCACCUACUGUUAUUUGAAUCCUCGCGAUUGGAAUCUGGAAAGAAAAUAACACUGACUGACUAUAUUUCCCGUGCCACUGAAAACAAGACGAUAUUUUACUUAGCAGCCCCCAGUCGAGCUCUGGCAGAAUCGUCACCUUACUACGAAUCUCUAAAGAAUAAAGAGCAAGAAGUGCUCUUCUGCUACGAGCCUUAUGAUGAACUCGUGCUGAUGCAACUACAACAGAUCAAGGGAUACAGACUGGUGUCCGUCGAGAAGGACUUGAGGGACGACAAGGCCGCCAAUGAUCUCUCAAAUUUAGGGGAGGACAGCUUGAAACGCAGCGAAAUCAAUGAACUAUCAAGUUGGAUCAAAGACAAGCUGAGCGGUAAAGUGGCAUCGGUAAAUGCCACCACUCGUCUGGAGAACCACCCCUGCGUUAUAACGGUGGAGGAGAUGGCGGCCGCCAGGCAUUUCAUCAGGAUGCAGAGCCAUGGUUUGUCGGAUGACAGGCGGUACGCCAUACUGCAGCCCCAGUUUGAGAUCAAUCCAAGACAUCCGAUAAUAAAAAAAUUGCAUAAACUGAUGACCAGUGAUCCUGAGUUGGCCGAACUUUUAGCUAAACAGUUGUUCGCCAAUUCGAUGGUAGGAGCAGGACUCGUGGAAGACCCAAGGGUUCUGUUAACUUCCAUGAAUGAUCUCCUAGCUAAGGCUCUAGAUAAGCAUUAACUGUUAAUGAUAUUUUACCAGAAAAACGUGUACAUAAUUUGUGUAUAUUUAUCAUUCCCGAUAAUUGUAUUGUUUCGUUUUUGUAAAAUAGAGUAAUGAAAUGAAA